AAAUCUUACAGAGCCAAUUGUUGGACCAUCAGAUCCAUCUGGUACUACAGUGUAUGAAGUCGUGAAAAGAGCCGCAAACCUUACUUCAAAUGGACCUUUUUUGGGAGAGUUAAAGGAUGGAGGAUACUCAUGGAGUAGUUACAAUACUGUACUUUACGAUGCACAAGUGAUUGGCUCAGCAUUGUUGCACUUCGGCAUCAAACCUGGAGAAAACACUAGAGUGGGAAUAGCUGGCAUACACUCAUUACGGUAAUG